AUGCAGCUCAUCGCGAGAAAGAUGGAUCUUUCGGAGAGCAGCAACGAGGAUUAUUCUUCGGACGAGGAGUCCAAUCAAGUUCUCAUUACAUCCAAGAAGAACACGGCGAAAGAUGCGUUCACAAACGACGAAAGUGAUGGGGAAAUAAGUGAUGUAGAAGAACAAAACGAAGAAUCUGAAAAUGAGCCACUUGAUGCCGCAAAUGAGGCCCAUACAACGCCAAAUGUUGAUCAGGAAGACUCAACCCCCGCAACCACAAAUAUAGAUUCAGACACACUCAGCAAAAAACGACUAGAAAGACUCAAGAAGCUGCGAACCUCGCAAAAGAGUAAUCAUAAGACUGGUGUGGUGUACCUGUCGAAAAUACCGCCAUACAUGAAACCUGCUAAGAUGCGUCAGCUUCUGUCUCGAUUCGGAAAACUGGAUCGGCUUUUCCUGAAGCGUGAAGACGACCAGAAAUAUAAAAUGCGUAUCAAGGGCGGCGGAAACAAGAAAGCGAUGUUCGAAGAAGGCUGGGCCGAGUACGUGCGUAAAAAGGAUGCAAAGCUAUGUGCUGGCACACUCAACGGCAAUAUUAUAGGCGGGAAAAAGGGCAAUUUCUACCACGAUGACGUGAUGAAUGUGAAAUACCUAUCUGGCUUCAAAUGGGCCGAUCUGACGGAACAGGUUGCACGCGAAAACGAUGUUCGCCAGGCCAAGCUGCAACUGGAGGUUUCGCAAGCCAAUAAACUGAACUCAGAGUUCAUCCGGAACGUCGAACGCAGUAAAAUGCUGCAAAACAUUCGUGCGUCUAAAAAACGGAGUGCACCAGAGGAAGCUGAUGCUGAAUCUGAAGCAAAGGCCAUACCAGAAUUCAAGCAACGCAGGGUCACCACCAACCGGGCAGCAGGCCCUGAAGAGCAGAAAACAGGCUCUUCGAAACGUCUGGAUGCCGUUCUACAGAACUUAUUCUAA